CGUGGCGCCAGCUUGAAGUCAAAAUAACAAAAUAAUACAACACAACUCAAGACACAGACAGUCGUGCAAUCAUAACCACUGCAUCCUCUUUGUUGUAUGAAGAUGAGGAACCUGUUCAAAUAAGAGCUUCAAACCUGUUUUUAGUCUUGCUUUUGUUGAGCUUUUUUUCCCCUCAAUUAGUGGCCUUUUUGUGAAAGCGGAAAUGAUUAUAACGUGGCAUGUGAAGUGUAAAAAUGCAACACAUCACUCUUUAAACUUGAUGCAAAUUGACUUUGUGGAGCUUAUUGUUUCCACCUCCCCAACGUAGGAGUAAUGUCAACUAUCAUGAGGAAGCUUUAGGUGGAGGACUGUUUUGCCUUCUGUUACAUUGUUUCUAGUAUCCUAUACAAAAUAGCAACAAUACUUUAUCGCUUGGUGGUGUAUAUCUUGCAAUGUCUUGUACAGACACAUUUUCAUGCUGAGUUUUUGGAACAGGAUGCGAACAAGCAUACUCUUUGCUUCAAAGAAUUAAGAUGAACAUGGUUUUUUUUUGUUGUGUUGACUUUCUCCAGGCCAAGAGCCAUAUGGCUCUCGAUGAUAUGGGCCAGUAAGGCAUAAAUUACGACGAAGGGUGUGCAAUAUAUUUUAAUGCGUGAAUUGCAAAUCACAUAUAGACUAAACAGCAUGUCGAAAAGGAACCGUAGUGUAAUUUGCUACUGUAAACAAGCCACCUCAAUAUAAUAAACUGUGAACCUGGAGUGCGUGUGUACACAAUUUUGCGUUUUAAUUUCCAGGAAAAGCAAUUACAGUAAGUUUAAAUUGUAAUAGUCUGCCGCCAUCUGUUGGUCAGAAUUGUUAGCUACUUUAUCAGUCACUUUCACUUUUAACAUUUUGUAUUUAUGGUGUUAGGAGGUAGGGUAUAGUGUAAGAAACAAUACAAUGUAAAAUGUUACCUUGACAACGAAAAACGACACUGGUGUUUAACGUCGCUUCCGUUCGUGUAAAAUCAUUCGUUGUUUUUUUUUUUACAUUGAGCUGGGAGUUGUAGUUCUUUUUCACUCAAAAGUCAUGCGCAGACGCUGACGUAAAAAUACAACUCCCACGUUGCCCAGUCGAAGCGACUAAGAACCACACUGCUGCGCAAAACCGCUCUGCGUAAUCCCUGCUCUGACAAGUCAAUCCUCUGCGGUUCUUUUCUGCCUUUAAAUAACAAAGUUUAUAACCUAAAAACAUGGACAACAGUGGGAAAGAAAAAGAGGCGAUACAGCUUAUGGCCGACGCCGACAAGAAAGUCAAGUCGUCGGGCUCUUUUUUGGGAGGGAUGUUUGGCGGAGGACAUCACAAAGUGGAGGAGGCCUGUGAGAUGUACUGCAGAGCAGCCAACAUGUUCAAGAUGGCCAAGAACUGGAGUGCUGCUGGUGGAGCAUUUUGCAAGGCUGCGCACCUCCACAUGCAGCUGCAGAACAAACACGACUGCGCCACCAGUUUUAUCGACGCCGGCAACGCAUACAAGAAGUCCGAUCCCAACGAGGCAAUCAAGUGUUUAAAUGCCGCCGUCGAUAUUUACACAGACAUGGGAAGAUUCACCAUCGCUGCCAAACAUCACAUCAGUAUCGCCGAAAUCUAUGAGGCUGACCUGGUGGACAUCGAAAAAGCGAUUGCACAUUUUGAGCAAGCGGCAGAUUACUACAAGGGAGAGGAAUCUAACAGUUCGGCCAACAAGUGUUUGCUGAAGGUGGGGGCCUACUGUGCUCAGUUGGAGCAGUACCAGAAGGCCAUUGAGAUCUAUGAGCAGGUCGGCGCCAACACGAUGGACAACCCGCUUCUUAAGUACAGCGCAAAGGAGUAUUUCUUCAAAGCGGCGCUGUGUCAUUUCAUCGUGGACGAGCUCAACGCUAAGAUUGCUGUGGAGAAAUAUGAGGAAAUGUUCCCGGCUUUCUCAGAUUCUAGAGAAUGCAAACUGUUGAAGAAACUGCUUGAGGCACAUGAGGAACAGAACAGCGAGGCCUUCACUGAGGCGGUCAAGGAGUUUGACUCCAUCUCGCGUCUGGACCAAUGGCACACCACGCUGCUGCUGCGCAUCAAAAAGACCAUCCAGGGUGACGAGGGAGACCUCAAAUGAGAGUAGGCGGACGCCCACACAAACAAGUUAUGCGCAUGUCCCACCCCCCCAAACGCGCACACACACACACACACACACACACACAAAACAUUGUGCUACAGUGACGUUUCCCUCCAAAUCCAGUCGAUAUGUAAAGCAUCUCCACAUCCACUCGUCUCGCGUGGAAGACUUCUGUAUACCUCAUGUUAGUCAUUCACGGUUUUUCUUUUUGUCGUUGUAACUCCCAUAUUCUCAAUGAGGUGUGACACUAUAAAGAAAACGAGACCUUUGCAGCCGAUACAUAUGCUUUUUAAUAUUUGAAAUGGCUAAAUAUAAUUGCAUUUUUGUGACCUUUCGCAUAGCACGAUUGGGUCAUGAUCCGAUAGGGAGAAAAAAAUAUUCACCGUGGUUGAAUCUAAAUUUAAAAAAAGUUUUUUUUCCUUUUUUUUCCAUCAGAGAGAAACAGAGUUAUCGAUCCACCACAAUCUUUUUUUCUUUACUGUGACACAUACAACAUCCUCUUGCAAGCGACACAAUGAAGGUUAAAGGAAGUGCACUAAAACCUUGCGAAAAGAUUCUCAAAUUGCUCGUGUUUCUCACAAAUUCAGAACUGUUUGUAGCAAAUAUUAUAAAUAUCAAUCCUGUUCUACUUAAAACACAUUAUGACGACGUUCUCGCGGGUUCAGAAAGUUUAGAAAUGCAUUAAAGAGACUGUUAUGCAUAUCAAAAGCCAUUUCCUCUCCAUGUGCUUAGAAUACCUCAGGAUUGUUUUAUUUACCAUUAUGACUGAUUUUGUCCGGUUCAAUGCUUAUUGACGGCUAUUCUGCCAUGUCGGGAGCUCUCUAUCAUUUCAUGUCGUUCCACCUCCUCACCAAGCAUGCCCCUCCCCACCUGUGUCGCUUCCAAUCUAUCACCAAAGUAUCCAGCCUAUUCCGGAUCUUAAAA